GAGGGAGAGGAGGAAAACACAGGAGGAAGUGGUGUGGGCUCCACAAACGCUUUCUGCUCCCAAAGUCAGUUUCCUCUGGCUGGGCCCAGAUCGCUGCUCUAAGAAGAAACCCCCCAUACUCAGGGAGAGUGCCUGCACACCUUCCAAAGCUGAAUCUUCCACAGCCACAACUGACCUGAAUCUACUUCAUGAGUCCUCGGAAGAAGGUGGAUCUGAAGCUCAUCAUCAUCGGAGCCCUGGGGAAAGACCUCUCUCCUCCACCAGUAUGUGCACAAGACAUUCUACGAAGACUACCAGACCACUCUGGGGGCCAGCAUCCUCUCCAAGGUUAUCAUACUGAAUGACACAACUUUGAAGCUACAGAAAAGAAGUUGUUUAGCUCAUUCCUGAUCUAGAAGAAAGUACACUAACCCUGGAGUUGGGACUCCCAUUCCUAUACUCUAUAAUUUCCUGAAAAACAUCAUGGGCAAGUCACCCCAAAAGUUCAGGUUUCUAAACCUGUCAGCUACAAACCUGUCCUGGUGGCCCACAAUGAAAAUAGGAGCACAGAUCUGGGACACAGGUGGACAGGAGCGAUUCCGCUCCAUGGUCUCCACAUUCUAUAAAGGCUCUGAUGGCUGCAUCCUGGCUUUUGAUGUUACUGACCUGGAGUCCUUUGAAGCCCUGGACACUUGGCGAGGUGAUGUUCUGGCCAAAACCAUCCCCAUGGAGCAGUCCUACCCCAUUGUAGUGCUGGGGAACAAGAUUGAUUUGGCAGACCGGCAGUGGUCACUUCUCCCUCUCUUGCAGGUGCCCCAGGAGCUGGCGCAAGGCUGGUGUAAAGAGAAAGAUAUCCCCUACUUUGAAGUCAGUGCCAAGAAUGACAUCAACGUGGUACAAGCCUUCGAGAUACUGGCCAGUAGGGCUCUGUCAAGGUACCAAAGCGUCCUGGAGAACUUCCUCACAGACUCCAUCAAGCUCACGCCAGAAGAGCAAUCCCGGAGAAGAUGCUGCUGAUGGUCCAGAAACCCCCACGGCAACCUCAAAUUCCUCUUGUGUGGCCCUGACUAUUCGGUGCUGAAACUGGGCCCAGAAGCAAACCAGUGGGCCCUUCAUAGCCCUUCUUUGGGGGCCACUUGGGACCUAAAAUGUCACAUCCAGGUCAGGGCCUUAGGGAGUCACAGGUCCUGACUGCCCACCCAAACACAUACACACACACACACACACACACACACACACACACACACAUGUCUCCCACCACCCCAAGCUCACUCCUGCCCCCAGAGGCUUAUCUCCCCAGAAGACAGCCCAGUCUGAUUGGGGGACCCACAUUCUCCUGGGACUGGUCUUCUCAACACCCAUCACACAGCCCUGAAGCCAGAGUUCAGACUCACUUAGCAACCAAGGCCCACACUGAUGCCUACACCUGACUUAGGGCACCACAUCCCCCCAGCAGAGGACCGAGGGAUCCCAGGAAAAUCCAGCAAAGCUGGGCUCAAUCUUCCUUGCUGAGUGCUUAGGAAACUCCCAUAAACCUCUCUGAGCCCUGGCUCAUCUGGCAGAUGCUGGCGGUGUGUGUGUGUGUGUGUGUGUGUGUGUGUGUGUGUGUGUGUGUCCCACCCCAUCAGUGUGACCUGAUGCCCAGAAGCCCUGCUCAUGGUUCAGUUGCUCUUGAUGAUACACACCUACCAGCCCUUCAGCUAGUGUUCUGAGUAUCCAUUCCAUAUGAUGCAUGGAGGUCUUAUGACAAAUGACACAAAGAUGCUGCUGGCCCCCACCUCCUGGUGAGAGAGGGAGACAAUGGGCAUAGAAUUCACGUAGAUAGUUUCCAAUAGCAGGUAAUGCCUGGAAAAGGCAAUGCAGGGCAACAGACUAGAAAGGGACAGGGGACAGGUUGAAUGCUGGUUCAGACAAAGUGAUCUAGGAGGAAUUACCUGAGGAGGUGGCAUUUGGCCUGAGGGCCACGUGAGGUCUGGAAGAAGAGAAUUCCAGAGAGAAGGAGCAGCAAGGGCCAAAGUCCCGAGGCAAGACCAAGUUUGCUGGUUUCCAGGAACAGAGAAAGGACAUCCACUUACUUGAAUGAGAACUCAAAGCAGCUGACCUGGGCACAGAGGGGACCGCCCCUGGGGUGGUGCCUGGCUCUUCUGCUGACUGGCCGGCAGAGGGCAGCAGUACUCCUUCCCGGCAGGCUGGAUGAAUUCACACUUGCUGGGCUGCCAUUUCCUUUGUGUGAUGUUCAGAGCUUGUUCUGACUCUGGAUGUCUUCAGCCAUUUGAGAUUCCCGGGGGUGGGAGAAUUUCUUAGAUCUUGCAACAAAUGGGCAAAAACCGCAACAUAAAUGACAAGCACGAAAAUGCUCCCUGAGCAUGCCUGGACCGUGACCCAACAUGCUGCAAAGUCACAUGUAUGGAAAGUCACAUGUAUGCUGGUGAUACACAGCAGACAGAGCCUGGUCAGAAGAAGUCACACAUCAUGGCGUCUCAGGAUGUUCCUUGGCUGUAGCCUGGCCCAUAGCAAUCUCUAACCUGAGCACAAAGCAGAAUGGGAGUGCCAGCCCAUGGUUUCCAGGAUCACCUGACUAUGAAGAUGUGCCCUGGGGAGGGGAAGCAGGGCAGCCAGGGAGUUUGGGGAGCCCCUUCUGCCUGUCCCUCAGCUGUGGAGCUGGCACACCUCUGUCUCUGUGGCCUCCAUGGGGUGGCCUCUGGCAUGCCAUGGAGCUCUUUUAGGGGAUCCACUGGACUGCAGCUUGGACAUGUGCUGUGCCUACAGCCGCUCAUGCAUUGUGACAGCCAGGUGGACCAUUUCCAAAUGCAUACAAGAAAUAAUAAGCAUAUCCUUUGUUUCCCCUGCAGUACUUAGUCAUUAGACAAACAAAACAAAGCACAUCUCCAUAGUUCACAAUUCAAAACAUACCAAAAGAAAGCUAAAGACACAAGCUGUAUAAUGGGCAGGGCCCAGUGAAAAAUGAAAAGGCUGAACUCAGACUCAGCAGUGGUUAACUGCUAGAGCACACAUAUUGCCAUGCAUGCAGACCCAGGUUCAAGCCUUCAAUCCCUACCUGCAGUGGGGGAAGCUUCACAAGCAAUGAAGCAGUGCUGUAGCUAUUUUUCCUUCCUUCUGUAUCUCCCUGCCUCACUCCCUCUCUAACUCUCUCUGCCUCUAGCUCUCUAUCAGAAAUAAAAUUAAACAAAAUGGCUGCCAGAAGCAGUGGAGUCCUGUAGGCACUGAGCCCCUGAGGUAACCCUGGUGGCAAAUAAAUAAAUAAAUAAAUAAAAUAUUGA